UGCAGGUUGGCCCACGUGGUGUGUUGUUUACAUCUUCCAGGAACAUUGGAAGAAGGGAGGAGGGGGGGCAUGAAUUGUGAAACAGCUUUCCUGGAUAGAGUUACGUUGCUCCGCAUUAGGACAACAACAAACGCAGACUUGACAUUAACGCAGAGAGAAUGUGGAGCUGAAUCCUCCUGGUGUUUCCUCUUGAACGGCUCUUUAAACAACGCGAGACUCCACCAAUAAACACUAGAAUGCCUCAGCUAGGAAGCCUGUUUGCACAGAUUCAUCUCAGCUCCAAAGCUUCAGAAAGUGCUCAAAGCCGAAGCCCACGUCAGGCACCAGCACUGCCUGACUUCAUACAGCAUGUCAGGAAACUCACCGGGAUAAGAAAAGAAGACGUCUACAGCCAUCUGCGUAUCCGUGACCAGUUUCCGACCGCCAAAGAUGACAUCAACAUUGUUAUCCUCUCAGGCCAGGGGAUCUUCUGCAUAGAUGUAAAGACCUGGAGAGGCACUGUGUCCGCUCACAACCAGAACUGGCACGUUCAAGUGAAGGAAGAGGACCAAAACUUUACCAAUACCUGCAUUGAGCAGAUUAAAGAUCCCCUCAAAGCUAUCAUGACCAAGACUGCAAACCUAUGCAGCCACUUGAAGAGGAGUGGGGUGUCGGUGCCCCAAAGCCUCUUCUUCCCGAGGGUUAUCUUCCUCUCUCCAGACUGCGAGCUGGAUGAGGAGCUGAGGAAGACGAGGGAGCUGAUCUCUCACGGCCAGAUAGACGACUUCCUCAAAUCUUUCAGGGAGGGCUACAUGGCCUGGAUAUCAGAUGCAAUGACUCCAUCCUGGCUCUCUGGUCGUCUGUCGUACAGGCAGAUGGAGUCCGUGCGGGAAGUCCUGAGGAGUGUGGGGACGUGGGAUCUGGUGAGGCUGCACUGUGGCGAGCAGCUGAAAGGAGACUUCCAGAGCUGCCAGUACAUCGCUCUCAACCGACAGGAGACAGAAACGCUGGAGUUUUCCAGAGUCAAGACCCUGUCAGCUGAUUCGCUGUGGGCCCUGCUGGGACACGCUCCUCAGGUAACAGUUAAAAUGUACAAGCGUGGAUCGCAGGGCUGGCUUGGGAAAUCCCUGAUCGCCACGACCACCAUCCCCUCCAACACUGCUGUGAUCUUCAGGAUCAGCGGGGAGGAAGCAGAUGCCAAAAUCCCAGCAUACACCAUUCACAGCAUCACACUCAGUAACUGACAGUGUGUGUCACUCAAUAGUGGAUAGCCAUCCUUCCUCUACCCGCAGAGCCACGGGGAGAGGAAUCAUUUUUAAUUACAAGUAUGCAGACGCAAAAAAAGAACUCUUAAUAUAGCUUUAACCUCCUCACGUUUUUUCCGAGUGCCUUUUACUAUGCAGUUUUUGUAAUUUGUCAUAUUGUGCUAAAAACACAAGUUCUGAAUGUCUUUAAGUGAGCGUUUAUUGAAAAAAAAGACAAGAAAAGCAAAAAGCCAGAUUGGCAAUUUCCCUGAUUCUGCGAUGCUCAAUAUUAUGUUAAUGAAAAUGGUUUCACACAAUUAGCCUGAUUAACGUUCUCUUGUUUUGAAUCUCUAGGGCUGGCCCACACUUUACACUAGCCAUUAAUGCAUCAUUAUGCUAGCUGAUUGUGUCACAUCAGUUCAGCAUUGAAGUGUUUAAUGUGUUAAUUGUGGCGGUUAAAAGCUGGUGGCCUCUAGUAGUGCGAUUACUGGCUCUGUGGGUUUAAUGGGCAGUGAUUUACGGUCUGUUUAGAAAGUGUAACUGUAAGGUGCUUUAUUAAUAUGCUCCACCACACCGGGAGAUCAUAACAUAUUCAAGAGCGCACAGGCGCAGCCACCCUUACCAUUCAUAACUGUGUCAGAGUCACUUUCAAUCAGUUGCCAGGCUUACACAGCUGCGCUAACAGCUAGCAAUUGUAUUUGCUUUGCCUGGUAGCCUCCAAAAUGAAGUUAUUUCCAUCGAGAUAUCAGUGCCUUUAGCUAAUGCAAUAGAAGGAGCUCUCUGUGUUGAUGGUAUCUCUUUGCAUGGCAUCUCUCUACCUGAAACAUCAUUACACUGUACUCAAGCUACUCACUUUUUUCAAAUGUCUGUUUACUGUUUUACCUGAGGGACAGAUUGCACAAACAGCAUUGUUCCGUUUCUUCUCAUUUUUAAGACUUGUUUUUUAGAUAUUGGUCAACAUUGCUUGAAUGUGAAAGUGUUCUGAUGAAUUUAUUGUCUUUGCAUAUUCAAACUUAAGUACAAAAGAAGGUCCUCAGGAACUAUUUUCUCCACAUCACUUUAUAAACAAUAUUGACAAUAUCAGACGAUCUGGGAUGCGAAGGGUUUUGAGACGUUACUGUAUACAAUUCUGAGUGGUGGGUGCAUGCAUGUUAAUAUGAAUGUUUAGCCAUUUGUUUUUUAACUUCAAGCACUUUCACUAUCAAGCCAACUUGAUUGUUUACCAUACUCUUGAGUUAAUUUGUUUAAAGCA